AUGAGAUUGAAAGAAAUUGAGUGGGAGAUUUGUUCAAUUUCCAAAUGGCGUUUUCAACCUCCAGCAGCUAGUCAUAUGAGUGGAGUCUGGGAACGACUCAUCCGCAGAGUGAAAAGAUCAAUGAAGGCGGUAAAUUACCACCGGUAAUCGGUCACCCUUAUGCCUUUCUGAGUAAAGAAACAUUGUGUAUCCUUUUUGCUGAAGUGGUUACCAAUACUAUCCUCAACAGCCGCCCAUUCUGCCCUAGCAGUGAAGAUCCGAACGGUUUGGAACCCCUUACGCCAAACCAUUUAUUACUACAACGCUGAAGUCUCGUUAAUAUUCCACCUGGCAUAUUUACCGAAGAAGAUCUACACUCCUGUAAACAAUGGAGACGUGCCCAGUUUUUGGCUAACUGUUUUUGGGCCAGAUGGAUGAAAGAAUAUUUGCCAAUAUUACAAGACCCUUAUAAGAACGCCUGGAAGUAGACGAUCUUGUGUUGGUAGUUGAUGAAAACAUCCCCCGUGGACGUUGGUUACCUGACCUAUGUAUGAAGGUAUUCCUGGCUGGUCGUGAUGGUCGUGUCAGGACAGCCAUAGACAAAGGAACUGUUUGUUCAUGUUCAUCUUGUUCAUAUGUUAUCAUGUAAAACGUAAUCAGGGCAGUCGGAAUCUAAAUUGCGUGCUGAUCGAGGAAAUUUCAAAACAUAGUUGUCAUAGUUUAUAAUCGAAGUUGUUUUAGAGUAUACUCUGCGUCCAAACUGCAGAGUAUGGCAGUUGCACACCGGAGAUUUAUACUUCAAUUAAUUAGUGCACAGCCGAGCACUUCGAGCGCCGGAGGCGCGACCCAUCUAGGGGGGUCCGGGGGCAUGCUUCCCCGGGAAAAUUUUGAAAACUAGCCUCCCAGAAACACGAAAUCCUGCAAUUUGGGCAUUAAUUUCUCAUUUUCAAUUGACUUCAAAAAACCGGAGAUGUUCAUCAUGUUCUAACUUUUUUACAUGAACAAUAAAUCAGCCCAACAGUCUUCCUAACCGAUUUAAAAAACUCGUAACAAUAAAAACUGUGUAGUCUGCAUUGCGCAAUUUGCGCUUAAUUGCACACCAGUGCACCAGAAAUAUUUUGCUUGCACACCAGGGCACCAGAAAAUAUGUUCCUGCACACCGGAGAUCUCGUCGAAAAACGCCAUAUUCUGUAGUCUGGCUCUGUGUUAGAGUUUUGUAAAAAUAUUAUAUAUAAAUAUAAAACAUGAAGUGCUUCCCGUUCUGGCUGUUGAUAAAAAUAAACGCGGGCUCGAAACCCCUGAAAAUCGUGAAGUAGCCCCCCUCAAACAUCGUCAUUCUUUCUUGUUGAGCUGUCGUUCUGGUACACGAGGUUAGUAUUUCUGUUGAGAAUUAUUGUGUUUUUGCCACUAUUUUGGCUCCUCUUUGUUGUAGGAACAAGUUGCUAGUAUAAUAAAUUGUGUAGUCGUAGUUUGUUAGCAUUAUACCGCGGUUUUUGUUGCAAUAUAUGCGGUGAAAAGGUAAGUAAUAUUUGGGGAACUGAGACCUUUUUCAUAUUGGGACGUCUACAAAAUACUGUAGGAUACUAAAUAUGCUACAGUGUUUUGUUCAGGUCCUUCAUAUAUAAUGAGUGUUUUAUCUAGUUUGUAAAAUAAACCCUAUUUAAUGACAAUGCUGUAAUGCACUUGUCAUCGGCUUCCCCAAGGGGUUGACCCCCGGGCUAACCACGGGGAUUGUCCAAGGUGGGGAUGCAAUCUUAGUGAAUUUUCCGGGGGGUGGAGGAACAUAAGAGAUCAAAGUCCCGUGGUCAUUUCCUUACCUGUCGUGAAUCCCCCCCCAGCAACUUUUAAGCCAGUAAAAAGGCCUAUUUAAAUCUGAUGAUACACAUAAUCAUUCAAUAAUGCUAGAAAUACAUGCAUGCAACAACCUCUCGCCCACAUUUUCCAAAAUUGUUUCAACAUGAAGUACUUUAAUAAAGCCUACACGGACGGCAGGCUCGCGUCAUGUUAGCCAGCAACCUCGUCCUGGCAGAACCUCGUCCUGGCAGGGACGAGGUUGGUUAGCCAGCUAUGGCAACACGAUAAUUGUUUUCUUAGUUUUUUGUUCAAAACGGCAAAAAUAAAUCAAAGUUUUACACUUUUAACCGCAGAACUAUCGAUUUCUAACAUAUAUAAAGUAGGUAUGUUAUUUUGUUUUGUAUGGGCUUUUUUAUAAUGCAAAAUUCAACACGAAACGCUUCGAAAAACGUUUUAAAUGUUCGUUGAAAUUAACUGCUUUUUGCCGAUAAACUCUUCAACUUUAAUAUUACUCGUACUUUGUAAUGAAAUAAACUUAAAUCCUACAGGUAGCUCUCGAAAAUAAUUUUCUUUUUUCUUUUAAAAAAUAUUAAAACAAGUUUACUUUCACAUAGUCAUAGAAUGAAAAGGAAAGCUGUACAUGUUUAAGGCUAGCCUGCAUGGCAGGCGGUCAUUCUCGUACCCAGGGCGUUGACCGCGCGUAAGAAGGGCUCUAGCUGGGUACGAGAAUGGGCAGGCGGUUUUAGGCUAGUUCAAGGCCUUCAGGCGAAAAGUCCGAAAACAGGACAACAAAGUCAUACAUAAACUGUGAAAACAAACAUACCCAGGCCUGUGAAAAAGGUGAUUUAUGACUUACUGUGUAAAAAGAUGUCCAAGUUUUCUGUCAUCAUGUUUUUUUAAUAUUUGCUUUCUUGACUCCUGGCAAACAGCUAUAUUUUUGAGAUCAGUGAGAUGACGACCCAUGCAUAGCCAUGCGCCCGCGAUCACUUUAGACUUUGCUGUUCUUUGCUGCUAGUGCUCUCCUUUCCUUAGGUGUAAACAGCCGAGCGGAAUUAGUACCCUCGCCACAGGCUUCGCGAUCCGUGCAUGGAUGUAUGAUUUUAAGUUUAACCCAAAAAAUUUAACCCGAUUUUUAAAAAAUUAUCUUUUUGAUUUCGUCUUGCAAUUCCACGAUAGUGAUUUCCGCCAUCUUGCCAAAAUAAAGAAAUGAAGCUAUCCCGCAUCGCAAUUCCUUAAUUUUCGACAUAUUUAGAAAAUAUUUCCUUUAAAAAAUUUCCCCGUCAUAUUCCCGUGGGUAAAAUUCAAAAAAAGCAAUUCCCCCACCCUCUUUUUAAGUGGUAGAACAAAGUGUUAUGAUUUUCCCGACUCUGGGGAAGAAUUUUGUUGCAAUCUACGUGUAUUCUCCCACAACAUCCCGUGGUCAGCCCGGGGGUCGACCCCUCGGGGAAGCCGAUUACAAGUGCAUAAUGCUUUGUGUCUCUUGAAAUUUAAGGAGAAAGGAUGCGUCCCGCAAACUGUUGUUAAUUCUUUCGUCAACAAUGCUACCCAAAUAGCUCAAACCAGUGUGGAUCUUUUAAGAUCAGGAGUUACAAACUGUUUGCAGAAGGCAGGAAUAUAUAUCAACACUAUUCCUGGAUUAAAUGAUUUGUUUGAACAAGAUAACCCAAUUUCAAAUCCAUUCAAAGGCAUUGACAAGGAGCCACUCCAGUACAAGUAUUACAAGGAAGAAUUUAGCCUUGUUGUAAGUAUUAAUAGAUCAUCUCAAGAAAUAUUCAUUUGUCACUUCCCCCCAGUGUAUCCCAUCCCAUUUAAUGAAAGCUGAAUAUCGAGUAAUAUUGCACGAGUCAAUCCAUACUGUUACCCCCCCCCCCCCCCCGGGCAAGUAUGAAAUGACUCAUGCAUAAGGGGCUGUUCAUAUAAUGCUAAAUGCAAACAUUUUAUUUUUGGAAAGAAAAUAUUUAGCUAUAAAUUCAAACAUUUUAUUGUGCGCAAGAAAAUAUUUUCAUGACUUAAUUGAGCCCGGUUAGCCGUGCUAGCUCAACUCGUGUAAACCAACCCUAAAUAAUGUUUCAAUGAUUCAAUAGCAAAUAUCAAAAAAUAUCAAAUAUCCGGAAAAAAUUUUAGAUAGGGCCCCCCCCAAAAAAAAUAUGCCCCCGCCAACCUCUCGGCAGCCCUGACACUGAUGGGUGGGCAAUGUCAUACAGUCAAUCACUUAUAUUAUCACUUAGUGUGAUAUAGCAAUCUAGCUUGCCAUUCUUUGUAGGUAAAACUAACAUGAUUGAAUAUAAAGUAACCUUUUAAUUUUAUGUAUACUUGGUAAUAUAGGAGCCUCAAAAGAUCAUCUUGGGAAGGUAUUUUGUUAAGAAGAGAAAAGGAAACAAGUUAAAAGAUUUUGAAAAAACAGAUGAUGCUUUUUACAUCCCAAUUUUGGAAAGUCUCCAGCAACUGCUAAAUGAUGAAUCAAUUCUUUAUGAGGUGUGUAUGUUCGUAGAGAUGUUUACAUUUCCUAUUCUAAAAUAUUUACAGUCAAUUUCAAAAAAAAUUUGAGCACAAAAUUUGAAUCUCAUUAUGAAAUUUUGAACUCGACAAAGAACUUGCAAACUUUACAAUGAAGUCCAGUAUAUAAAAUCGUAAAUUAACAACAAGAAUGCUGUAUCGGUAUUCCUUUACAGUUGAUUUCAGACAACUUUGACCACAAAUGUUCCAACAUUUGUGUCAAAGGUAUCUAAAAUUGACUGUAAAGGAAUACAGUAUUCUUGUUGUUAAGAUUUUAUUCAAUAUACAUAUUUGUAUAUUUAGUUUUAUAUUAAAUAUUUUUUAGGUUGAGAACUCUCAUGGUAGAAAUGAUGACUUUCUUUGUGAUUUAUGUGAUGGUAAGGUUUUCAAAAAUCAUCCAUUGUUCAGCAAAGAUCCAACCGCCCUGCAGCUUCUGGUCUUUUUGAUGAAGUGGAAGUCUGUAAUCCAUUAGGAUCAAGAGCUAACAAGCAUAAACUUGGUAGGUGUUUUGCUAACAAUGUAAUGUGCUAGUAAAAGAGUCUGGACACAUCGCCAGCUGUUUAUACCCAAUUCCCCUAGUUUAACCCAUUAAGCGCCAGCACUCUCCCCUUGAUGAGUAAAAUUGUCUGGCAUUUGACACAGAGUAAAAUAAUAAGGCGUUUGACAAAAUAUAAUAAUAAAUGUGCAUCAGUGUGCAAUGGGUUAACUAACAGUACUCUCUCACCACAACUAAAAUUGACUAGUGUUAGAAAGGGCAAAAUACUGGGUUUAUUGAUUGUUGUGUGCUUUUUAUUCAUAUAUAGCUGCCUUCUAUUAUACUUUGGGAAACAUCCGUCCAGAGUAUCGUUCCCAUAUUAACUCAAUCCAGCUUCUUGGACUGGUAACCAGCAAGCAUUUAAAGACAUAUGGUGUGGAUUCAGUGCUCAAUGUAUUUAUGAAAGAUCUUCAUAAAUUGGAACAGGUAAAUCUGUCUGACAUGAUUCUCCAAAUGUAAUGUGUUAUAAGAUUGAUCAAGCUAGACUGUAAAUGUCAUCAUGAACAAGGUUAAGUAACAAUUAGGUAUUCAGGUACAUAUCUGUCCCCUGAAUAAUAAAAUUAAACAUUUAAAUAUUUACCUAUAUCAAUUUUUUAGGAUGGUGGCUAUCAGUUCAUAAUUAAAGGGCAGCCACGAUAUUUUGCAGGGAUUAUUGCAUAUGUCUCAGGUGACAAUCUUGGAUCACAGCAACUUGGUGGAUUUAAACAAGGCUCCCAAUCACAUAGGAAAUGUCGUGUCUGUAUGGGAAAUGCAACAGAGAUAUGUGAAUGUGUAAGUUCACUGCAUUACCAUGCUGAUUGAAGUGCAAGCAGUAUGAUUUAAGUCAGUGAUUUUUGUUUGUAAAUGUAAGACUGUUUUGUUUAAUUAUUUUAAACCAAAAGUGUGACAUUCUUAUUGCACUAGAGGUGCGCCAGGGGCCGGUUGUAUAAAAAAGUGAUUAAAGUUAACUAUGAUUAAGUGCAAAGGUCAUCCAAUAAGAAGUGCCUAUUUGAGAGUUAAUCACUAUUUAACUACAAAAUAGUGAUUUAAAAAGUGAUUAAGAGUUUUAUACAACCGGCCCCAGGUGUACUGAACUCUUGCAUCAACAUAUCUGAACUCUUAUAUCACAUAUAGUAAUUUGGGUGCAUAGCACCCAAAUUACUAUAUGUGAUAUAAACAUGGGCAGUUUAUAGCACUAUAAAAAGUAUAAAAAUAUUGCAGUUACCAAAAUAGAAUACUGAUAACUAUAUCAGAUGCACUAACUGCACAUCAUCUUUUCCCAUAACUUUAGUUUCAUGAAGAUGGUUUUGUGAUGCAAACAAAGGAGAGUUAUAACGAACAGUGUCAGAGGCUUAAUCAAGGAGACCAUUUCCAGAAAACCUAUGGAUUAAACAAGAUUUCCCUUCUCAACAACUCACGUUACUAUCAUGUCAUUGGCGAGCUUACCUUCGAUGCCAUGCAUGAUAUUUUGGAAGGUGUUCUCCAGUAUGUUGUGAAAGAGUUAUUGAAAGUUUAUAUACUCGAGAAGAAGUACUUCACACUGGAGGAUCUAAAUAGACGGGUCGCAGCAUUUGAUUUUGGUUACCACAAUGACACCAACAAGCCAAUGCCAAUUCAACCACAGAAACUGACAUCACAAGACAACAGUUUGAAGCAACAUGGUAUGAAAAUUUAUUGACAAAUUACUUUGUUACGCAACCAAUCUCUCAAUCUACUUACUAUUGCCUGCAUACUACUUUAUUGACGAUGAUAAUUAUUUAACAUUUUCACAGCAAACCAGAUGUGGUGUCUUGGCUUACAUUUGCCAUUCCUUAUUGGUGAUUAUGUCCCAGAAGAUGAUGAGCACUGGGAGUUGUUGUGCAUCUUACUCCAAACUGUGCGUAUUAUUUUUACGCCAGUUCUGAGCAAACACCAAGUGGCAUAUUUACAAGUACUUAUACAGAAGCUAUUAGAAAACUUCAAAGAGCUUUUCCCUGAAUGCAGCAUUAUCCCAAAGAUGCAUUACAUGGUUCAUAUGCCAAGGACAAUGCUUGAGUAAGUGGACAAUGCUUGACUAGUGAAGAUAUUGAUCACAUGACUUUUUCCAAUUUGCUUUUGAGCAUAAAAUUUCACAAUUUUUUGCUUGUGGCUAUAUAAUAAACAGAACAUUACACUAUAAUUGCUUGAAGAUAUGGCUUCCAUCUUCUCGUGUUAAAAACAAUAUUUUACUCACUCGUGCUCGUUUGAAAAAUCUUGUUUUCACCACUCCAAGAUAAAAGUCAUAUCUUUGCACUGCCAUGUAAUAUCCAAUAUGUAUAUCCACCACCCCUCCCUAAUUGAUUGAUAUCCAUAUUAUAUUUCUAUCUAUCACAGAAUUUUUAAUUUACUAUUUGGCAGCCUCUCAAUCUAAUAACACUUGCAAGACCUGUUUAGAAUCUGAUCUAGGAAAAACUGAAAAAUCUGCAUGGCUAAAAUGGGCAAUCCUAAUUCCUUUCAAUUCAGCCACAUUUUCUAUUCAUUUGUGCUAGUGGUCUCCCACCAACAAUUAAGUAAAAUGGUUUGGCAUAAGGCUUAAUCGUAGAAUUAUAACAAAGUGGGCAGAACUAAAGUGACUAGAUCUAGUUAUAUUGCCAGUUAGUUGGUUAAUAUUGUGUGUCUGUUGGAGAGUCAAAGCUUUUUAUUAACCCUCACUACAGAUCCCUGUGUUGUUUCAAUUUCAGUCAUAUACUCUACUGUACAUUGUUAUUUUAAUUAACAGACUUGGCCCACUUGUGCGAAGCUGGUGUAUGCGUUAUGAGGCCAAACACCAUUAUUUCAAGAGACUGGCUAUCUCAUUGGGGAACUUUAUUAAUUUGCCAUUUUCGCUGUCGAAACGUCACCAAGAGGGUGUCUCCUAUCGACUACAAUCUGGUGAAGGAGGGUGCAGUUCUUUUCUUGAUAAGGGAAUCGAAGUUGGUCCUGGUAUGUUGCAAUAGUUUUUAAACCAACUGUUGGACUAAUGUGUUUAAUAGGCCCUUUCAAGGUUAACAAUGCCAUAAUGAAACACAAUAGUGCAAGGAGUGCAAACACAAUGGAAUUCUCUAUAGGUAAAUUUGCAGGAGGUGCAAACACAAUAUGGUGAAAACAAUAGAUUAAAGAUGGCAUCCUUAAAGGUGAUCUACAGUCAGAUCUGAGCAUGUGCACAAAUGAGCCCGCUUUUUAUGAUACAAACAGUUUAACUAUGUUUUGAGUUCUUGUAAAGCCUGAUUGUUGUUUCUUGAUAAUUUAUUAUACUCUAGAAGCUUGAAAAUAUAAAUAGUUGUCGAAUAAAGCUCAAUAUUUUGGACACAAAAAUGUAAACAAAGGCUUUGUUUACAUACCGACUGUAGAUCACCUUUAACCUUGAAAGGGACUAUUGCUGGCAAAUCCAUACAUUUCAUUGAAGGCCUUAUGCCACACAAGUCAACUGGUGAUAAUGGUCAAAUAGUUUGAACACAAAAACCCAUGUAGGAACUGCAGUUGCCCCCCCCCCAAAAAAAAAGUUCCCUUUUUUGAACCUGGCCCUUAAAUUCCUCUUGCAACACCUACUCUAUGGUCUUGAUAUUCCACUUUUACAUUGAUGUCUACACAGUUUUGUAGACACAUAUAAAUAUUUUUUAACCUUAACAUUGCAAUGAUGUAUGUACUGUACUUACUCUGUAGGUAAGACGUCCUAUAUUGGUGAUGUAGAUUACAGUGAUCUACUAAACGACGAAGUCCCAGAAAUUAAUAGGCAAACCUCAUUGUACGAGUAAGUUGAUUAUAGCCGUCACGCAUUAGGAGGAGUUACUGUUUUUAAACUUUACUAAUUUUGUAUUCUUUUGUAUGUUAAACAUAACCCUAAUACUAACUCUUACUCUAACCCUAAUCUUAAUCCUAACCCUUUCCCUAAUCCAGACCCUAAUCCUAACCCUAAAAGUCCAAAAAUAGUAACUCCCCCUAAAACGUGACUCAAGUGGAGUUUCCUAUUUGAAGUAAGAAAGAAUUGUGUUCAACAACUAAAACAGUGGGCAGUUGUCGGCAAUUUGGUUACACACUAUAUUUGGGUUAUCGAUAACAAAUUGUUGUGAAAUGUCAAACAUGUAGUUUGUGCUAGCUAUCAUUUAUCUGAAAUUAUUCUAAUAAAGCUAGUUUUGUAUCCCAGGCCAGCUUUCUCUUGCAUAUUCAUCAUUCAUUUUCCUAUUGCUUGUUCUAUAUUUUCUAUUUGAUCUGACUGUGUUCCAGAGAAUACAAAAUUAAUAUCUUUAAAAGGAUAGAAAAAGUUGUGACUGUAAAAGUUCACUUAAUAGGAGCUAGUUACAUGGAGUGAGUUGUCCCGGAUAAGCCAGUUGAAAAGUGCAUAAAAUCAAAGGCUAUCCUGAUUGGUCUUUCAUUAUAUGCAGUUUUCAUAUCAGAAUGUUAGGGUUUGUAAUCCAAGUGAGAAUAUAUACAUUUUUAAGACCUAACCAGGAACGACUGCGAAAAAUGCAGCACAAGGUCCUCUGGUAGGAAUUGAACCUACGGCCCGGUGCAGCGCUCUAACCAACCGAGCUACAGAGACCACCUUAUCACAACCCGCACACCCGAUUACCUAUAUAUACAUGAACUUACGGUUACAGCUCAACAGCUGCACCGGAAUCGCAGGGCUGUAGGUUCGAUUCCUACCAGAGGACCUUGUGCUGCAUUUCUUGCAGUCGUUCCUGGUUAGGUCUUAAAAUGUAUAUAUUCUCACUUGGAUUACAACCCUACCAUUCUAAUAUUAAUUCCACCAAGUGAAGUGCAAGAAUACAAAUUAUUGAAGUCCACCUUAUCACAACACGCACACCUGAUUACCUAUAUAUACAUGAACUUACGGUUACAGCUCAACAGCUGGACUCUGUAGCUCAGUUGGUUAGAGCGCUGCACCGGAAUCGCAGGGCCGUAGGUUCAAUUCCUACCAGUGGACCUUGUGCUGCAUUUUUUGCAGUCGUUCCUGGUUAGGUCUUAAAAUGUAUAUAUUCUCACUUGGAUUACAAACCCUAACAUUCUAAUAUUAAUUCCACCAAGUGAAGUGCAAGAAUCCAGAUUAUUAGUUUUUAUAUCACCUAGUUGGGACAACUUGCUCCAUGUAAUCAGCCCCUUGUUACUGUAAUUACACCUUAUAUUGUUCAAGUAGGAGUGAUUUUCAAUUGCCAAUCUCAACUACAAUAAAAUGCGAAGAACAAUUCAAGUUUAAAUUUUGAAAUAGGCAACUGCAUCGUGUUCGACAACUAACCUAAACAGUGGACAGUUGUCGAUAACAAAUUGUUGUGAAAUGUGAAGCAUGUGUUGUAUCCUAUAGCUUUCUGUUAUCUGAAAUUGUUUUAUAGGGCUAAAUGGAUAUCAGUUCAUGGGACGAAGUAUAAAUGUGGUGCUAUUGUCCAUAUUGGUUUUGAUGAGGAUGAAUUUCCACAGUUUUGGGAGAUCAAAGAGAUCAGUAUAAUUGACAACAAUGUUGCCAAGGCUAUGUUCAUUGUUACAAGAAAAGAAACAUUGAGAUUUUCCGAGCACUACCAGGCGUAUGAGAUAAUUGCUAUGCCUAGGCAAAAGAACACUAGAGUUUUCUACUCUAAGGAUUUUACUUGCCACUUACCACUUCAUCAAAUCAAGCCAUUUAGAUGUCAGGCAAAGUAUGUGUGCUUGCGAUAUGAAAUUGAUAUUGAGUAGUGUUACUUGUAAACAGUAAAUUAAUAAUCUGUUUAAAAUUUGACGUUUUGCGUCUAGUUAUAAUAAUAUAAUAUUAAAGCAUAUUGAAAAGUACUUGUCAUUUGCCACCUUAAAUUUUUUGUUCGUGUUGGAAAUAUUUCGUUUUUUGGCUCGUCAAGUCGGCACUCAUAUAUAUUUAUUCAUGCAUUAACCAUGCAAAAUUUCUUUGUGAUCAUAUAACGAAUAAGGAGUUAUUAAUAAUGCGAUAUUUGCCCCCAAUUACUUGGCUAUUCAACUUCAUCGCUCCUUCGUCUUCCGCCAUUUUGAAAUCGAAAAAGUGAUUAUGUGGUGCUAAUUUAACACCUAGAAUUUAACUCCAAAAAUGGUGUCGUUUUAGCACUUUAGCUUACAAGUAUGGUGUUAUUUUAACACCUCAAAGAGGUGUCAAAUUAAUAAGGUACUAAAUUAGCACUUUUAUAUCAACAAGCCAACUUUAUGGUGUUAAAGUGCCCCUGACACAAAAAUUGAUUUUUUGUGUAUUGAAAGUGCUCAUUCAGUAUGGUGGUGUAGCGAAAGAAUUUUUUGAUUUCAUCGAAACGAAAAAAAUUUAGAGCCGUUUGAACACGCAAAAUGUGGACUUUUUGUUCGCACGCGUCCGUGUUCGAAGGAAACUGGAACGAGCGAUUUUUGUUACGUCACGCAAGUGAGUCGGCGUAUUCUAUAAUUUAUUCGACUGGUACUAACUCUUGGCGCAUAUAGUCCAUAUACAAAUAUACUAGAUUUGUGAUCGAAAAAUAUAUGCCCUUUUACUAUGUUGCAGCUAACUGUACCAAUAAACCAUGUUUAAAAGAUGGAAUAAGUUUACACAAUAUUCCAUACUUCAAUAACGAACGCGCGGAAGCUAAAAGACGAAGAAAAGUAUGGGUUGGUUUUGUAUCCACAAAACGUUUGUUUGUGCCGUCAAAGCUAGACUUCGACUAUAAAUAUAUGCUCGGAUCAUUUUUGACCAGAGGAUUACGAGAGGCGAUUCUUUUCGUGUCUUUCGUUGACGGGGCUCGGCAAGCCUAACUAUCCGAAGCUAUUAAAGACUGACGAUAAUUUGCUUUGUUUUGAUGAUUCAAUUUCGGUUUUUCGGGCCCGCUAUUAAUAUAAAUAUUUUGUAAUACCGAAAUAAAGGAUGCGAAUCUGAAGAUACAAGCUUGAAAAUAACACUCUAAAUAGUGUUUUCGAUUCCGGUUCGAAUAAGACUAUUACGAAAAAGAUAUUUCCAAAGGGGCCGAAGUUAUGUUCGGCGAAAGAUAUGACUAGUUUACAUUGUUCGAGCAGUAUAAAUUGAGUAAUAUAAUGAAUUAUGACACCGCUUGACCUAUCAAAGACAAAGGUCAUAAAUAGCUAUACCAUCUGACUAAAACUAUAGCCUGUAUCUGACUAAAAGUCUAAAACUAUCCCUGGGAUUUUUUUGGCUGGGAAUUAGGAGAUUUUGUUUCACUGAAUCGAGUCGUAGUAUUUUUGUCUUCAUAGCAUGCACCGAACCGGAGAUAUAAACCUUGCAAAGUCAUAGAACGUCUACGUUAGCAGAGAGCCAGGCAAGGAGCUUAACAUGCGCCAAAUCUGAGACGCAGACGCGACUAAAAAACAGUCGCUAAUAAUGGGAGACUAGCUUUAUUUUAUUUUUCUCGUGUCCCUAGCUUUGUUUACCAACAACAAUCCAUAGUUUUACCCGUGAAGUGAAAUUGUGAUAAUAGCGGCAGUUUUUCGUCACGUCCGCGUCGUAUAGAUUUGGUGGUUUUAAUGAUAAUACUAGGGAUCUGGCGAGAUGCUACAGAUCAGCAUCUUCCAACACAACAUAUUAACCAGGUAUAAAAUUCGCACUGGAAUCAUCGGACUGAUCGCUACUGUCGGAUUCUGUUGUCGACAUGAUACUUUAUAGAACCAUGAUAGAACUUAGAAUAUAAAAACACUUCAGCCGUUCAGCGAUCAAAACCUUCGAGCUGAUCAAAACUGAUAACAGUCUAACAGACCGUCAAGAUUGACUCACUUGCGUGACGUCAUAAAAAAUGCUAUCCCCAGACUCCUGUAGCCGACGUCCAUGGGCCAAAAAUUUUUGUGUUUAAACCGCUCUAAAAUUUUUCCCCUCUAAUGAAAUAAAAAAAUUCUUUCACCAAAGCACUCCACAUAAUGUGUACUUUCAAUACACAAAAAAUCAAUUUUUGUGUCAGGGGCACUUUAAAUUAGCACCUCAAUUGGUGCUAGAAUAACACUUCUCAUUUAGCACCACUACAAGGUGUCGAAUUAACACCUACGAAGGUGCUAAAUUAACACCCUGAAAUUAACAGUGUAGAGUAUAGUGUAUGUUUGAGUGAAUAUCGAAGAGUAGGCUAUAUAGUGUAGGCCUAUAUUGUGAAAAUAUUGUAGUCAAAAGUGUAUAUAGUGACAAUAUGUGUCAAUGUAUGAAGUGGGAUUUUCUAAGAACGAGGAAACAUAUUUGCCUUUAUGACUUUAGUUAUGUAGGAUAUAUGACUAUGAAUAUUUGGCACUGAUUGUAUAUAAAGAGGGAUUCUUUUAAGAACGAGAAAAGUAGAAGUCAUAAAAUUAAUGCCUUUAUGACUUCUACUUAUAAAUAUAACCAUAGCCAUGCCCAUAGCCAUUACACAAUAUAGCUACACUGUAUACUGGCAUGGUGGAGUAUAUUAUAUAUUCUGCAAUACCGCGGCUUAGUGGAGUCAAAGAGGUUUGUAUUCAAAAUGUUUGUGUUUUACUGUUUCAAACACCAAUGCAUGCAUGCAUUGAACAUUAUAUUCAUAGUCACAAAGAUAAAUUAUUUAUCGCGCUGAGUACUAUUUAUUUUUUGUCCUUAAUAAUAUUAAUUGCGUCAGAGCAUUACUUCAUGUUCUGAAAUAUUUUCCGUGCCAAUAUGUAAAUUGAAGCCAGCUACUAUACUAUUUAAAAUUCAAUUUCAGAGUGGUUGCAAUUAAAUCGUGGAACCUACCAAAACAAAGUCCUGCAUGUCUCUGUACUGAAGCGAAGAUUAAGGCCCGCAGAUAUUAAUUCCAAAAUCUGGCUGAAAUAGAUUUUGUUUUGAAUUGAUUUAAAUGUUCUCAGCAAAGCGAUCCUGAUCCCGCACAUGCUGCGUUUUUUUAAUAUAGAUAUCUUAUAUACUAUAUACACUAUAGAUCACGCAUCAAAAAUUGCCGUGAUUGCAGUCCCAUGAAAUUAGAAGAUUCGCAAAUUUUCUAUUUCUUAAACACGAGACUUAAUUAAACAUUGAGUUAAACUUAUUCAAAUACCUUUUUAAACUAUUCAAAUGAUGAAGCUGUUGUUGUUUAUAUAUAGUGUUUAUUGGCGAGUGCGAAUUACUAAAAUUGAUGCCAUCUAUUCAAAUGGGGGAAACCGCUUGAAUAUUCUAGGCUUCAAUUUUACAAGCAGAGAUGCGCUAUCUCAGUCUAGUGCAUAUAAGAUACGUAUAUAGUUUCAUUACAGUAAUUUCAGAUCCGACCAGUCUGACCAUGGUAUAUAUCCGAAUGUCCCUAAAUUUAAAAUUGGGAUUGGAUAUUUUAAACUCUGCUAAAAAAACUAGCGCAUCCAAAAUUAUACUAGCCUACAUUUUCUACGGCAAUGAACUAAUUCAUUGGUUUUAUUUGUUUAAACUGUAUGGCAUACAGUAGAACAAAAAUUGUUGGAGUAAGAAGGCGUUCGAGUCAAUGAGCAUCUUCCGUUUCAGCAGAUCUCUCUAAAUUAUUUAAAUUUACACAAAUAUUUGAGUACAAUUCAUACGGCUAGUGUUUAUAGCAAUGGACACCAUCUUCCGUUUAAGCAAAUCACAUCUCAAUUCUUGGCAUCUUUUGAUGCGCAAUAGCGUAAUAAUACCUCUCAAAUAGGUCUAUCAAGUUCCCUUAAUUUCAUAAUGUUGAAUCUUCUCACUCUGUGACCAUCUUCGUCCUUCCAUAAGCAAAUAUUUUCUCAGUUUCAAGUUACAAAUAUCUUACGCAGCACGUACGUAUCAAAGAGGUUUGUAUUCAAAAUGUUUGUGUUUUACUGUUUCAAACACCACUGCAUGCAUUGAACAUUAUAUUCAUACUGCAAAGAUAAAUUACUUAUCGCGCUGAGUACUAUUUAUUUUUUGUCCUUAAUAAUAUUAAUUGCGUCAGAGGAGUUUGCAUUACUUCAUGUUCUGAAAUAUUUUCAGUGCCAAUGUGUAAAUUGAAUUUACAGUUUCGUCUGAUGAAACAAGCGUUAUAUAUUUAAAUAUGUUUGAAGCGAAACCAGGAUUAUUCAUAUUGAAUAUAGACGUUCUGUGGUUAAAAUAUUUAUUUUUUACAAGCUUUCGACUGUCAAUCUACAGUCUUCAACGGGUAGAUUAUAAUGAAAGUGAUGCGAGGUUUACAAUUGCAUAUACGGUAUACACAAUGACGUAAAUGACAGCUAUACAAGAUUAUAGUGGCUAUUUGCCUACAUGGGAAUGAUUAAUGUUUAUUGAUAAGAAAUCGAUACUGUUCCGGUAAAUGUUUUGAGUUGUUAUCUGAAUCCUUUGUGCAUGCUGUCUGCCAUGACUCGAGUGUUUGUCUGUGCCGAUACGUGCCUUUGUCAAUAAAUUUCCCGCCAUCAAAAUCUAUUUUGUGCAUGAUCAUUUGCCCACGCAUGGUUAGCAAUAUUUGAACUACUAUUGUCAAGUUCAACAUUUUUUAUGUGUUCCUUUCGUCUUGUGUUAAAUGCUCUGCCGGUUUCGCCAGUGUAGCUCCAUGAGCAGUCGCUACAGUUGAUUUUGUAAACGACGUUAAUCUGGUUUUGUGGUGGUGUCUGUCUUUGGGCGAAGGGGAUAGUUGCUGUAGUGUUCGGAGAGGUUUCGUUGCUACUCGGAUGUCAUGGGGUUUCAAGAUUCGUUCAAGUGGUUCUGUCAGGCCUUUAAUAUAGGGAAGUACGGCAUAACGGUAGCUGGUCUGUGGCUAUAUAUAUAUAUAUGGAAAUCUCUGUAAAUUAUUUAAAUUUACACACCAAAAUUUGAGUACAAUUAUGCUGCUAGUGUUUAUAACAAUGGACACCAUCUUCCGUUUAAGCAAAUCACAUCUCGAUUCCUGGCAUCUUUUGAUUCGCAAUAGCGUAAUAAUACCUCUCAAAUAUGUCUACCAUGCAAGUUCCCUUAAUUUCAUAAUGUUGAAUCUUUUCACUCUGUGACCAUCUCCGUCCUUCCAUAAGCAAAUAUUUUCUCAGUUUCAAGUUACAAAUAUCUUGCGGAGCGCGUAUCAAAGAGGGAGUAAGGUCCGAUAUUGCAGAAUAUGCACUUUAUAUCUAGGCCUAUUGUGUAAAUAGUGUAUAUAUAUAUAUAUAUAUAUAUAUAUAUAUAUAUAUAUAUAUAUAUAUAUAUAUAUAUAUACACAGAAUAGCCUGUAUAUUGCGUAUAUGUAUACACUAUAGAAAUCUAUGAUAUAUUGUGUAUAUUCUGCAGCCUAUAUAAAUAGUCACAAUAGACAAUGUAUAGUCAAAAGUGUAUAAAGUGUAUAUAGUGAGUGUUUGAGUGAAUCAGUCCAAGAAUAUAUAGGCCUAGUGUAUAUUGUAUAUAUAAAGUGUCUAAAUAUACACAAUAUAGCCUACGUAUGUUAUCAGUAUAGAGUCAAAAGUGUAUAAAGUGUAUAGUGUGUGUUUAAUUGAAUGUCAAAGAGUAUAUAGUGUAUAUUGUCAUUGUGUAUAUAAUGUCUAUAUAUACACAAUAUACGUAUAUUAUCAGUAUAUAUGUCAUUUAUUUAUUUUGCCAUUUAUAUAUAUAUAUAUAUAUAUAUAUAUAUAUAUAUAUAUAUAUAUAUAUAUAUAUAUAUAUAUAUAUAUAUACACACACACACUUAAGAACUAACCGGGUGCCCACAACAGCGUGUGAAGCCAAUUACUGUGGUCCCGAUAAGUGAGAGAAUUAUGCACUAACUACAACAUGACGUGGAGAUCCUAAGUAUGCGUGUUGAAUUGCAAAAUUGCAAUUGUUAAUAGUAUAUGGUCAAAAGUGUAUAAAGUGUAUAUAGUGAGUGUUUGAGUGAAUGUCAAAGAGUAUAUAGUAUAUAUUGUGUAUAUAGUGUCUAUAUAUACACAAUAUACGCAUAUUAUCAGUAUCAUAGUCAAAAAGUGUAUAAAGUGUAUAUAGUGUGUGUUUGAGUGAAUGUCAAAGAGUAUAUAGUGUAUAUUGUGUAUAUUGUGUAUAUAUAGUGUAUAUAUAUAUAUAUAUAUAUAUAUAUACACAAUAUUAGUUUAGUUUAAUGAAUUUGCCAUAUAUUACAUAUAAUAUCAUUAAUUAUAAGUAUAUGACAGGAGUUUGAACAGGACUUGCGAAAUACGUAUAUUAUCAGUAUAUAGUCAAAACUGUAUAAAGUGUAUAAAGUGUAUAUAGUGAGUGUUUGAGUGAAUGUCCAAAAGCAGGCCUAUAUAGUGUAUAUUGUGUUUCAAAAACUCAUUAAUAAUUCACGAGGAGAACACAAAGAAAAAUCAUAAGCGUGUCGUGGUUUUAUAUGUGAUAAAAAAUCAUGUUAAUUUACAUAAACUUUAUAGCUCUGAUUUUCUCGGUUUAGACAAAGUUUAUUUUAAAAAUUACUUCGCCAAUGAACUCGUAUAAGAUGAGUCGUUUUUAAAACCAUACUAAAGCACUUGUAGUCGUCUUUUAUCACAUAUAAAACACUCCGCUACGCGUCGUGUUUUAUAUAUAGAGUAUAGUGUAUGUUUGAGUGAAUAUCAAAGAGUAGGCUAUAUAGUGUAGGCCUAUAUUGUGAAAAUAUUGUAUAGUCAAAAGUGUAUAUAUUGACAAUAUGUGUCAAUGUAUGAAGUGGGAUUUUCUAAGAACGAGGAAACAUAUUUGCCUUUAUGACUUUAGUUAUGUAGGAUAUAUGACUAUGAAUAUUUGUCACUGAUUGUAUAUAAAGAGGGAUUUUUAAGAACGAGAAAAGUAGAAGUCAUAAAAUGAAUGCCUUUAUGACUUCUACUUAUAAAUAUAACCAUAGCCAUGCCCAUAGCCAUUACACAAUAUAGCUACACUGUAUAUACUGGUGGAGUAUACUGAUUAUUAUAUAUUCCGCGGCUUAGUGGAGUCAAAGAGGUUUGUAUUCAAAAUGUUUGUGUUUUACUGUUUCAAACACCACUGCAUGCAUGCAUUGAACAUUAUAUUCAUAGUCACAAAGAUAAAUUACUUAUCGCGCUGAGUACUAUUUAUUUUUUGUCCUUAAUAAUAUUAAUUGCGUCAGAGCAUUACUUCAUGUUCUGAAAUAUUUUCAGUGCCAAUGUGUAAAUUGAAGCCAGCUACUAUACUAUUUAAAAUUCAGUUUCAGAGUGGUUGCCAUUAAAUCGUGGAACCUGCCAAAACAAAGUCCUGCAUGUCUCUGUACUGAAGCGAAGAUUAAGGCCCGCAGAUAUUAAUUCCAAAAUCUGGCUGAAAUAGAUUUUGUUUUGAAUUGAUUUAAAUGUUCUCAGCAAAGCGAUCCUGCAUGAUCCCGCACAUGCUGCGUUUUUUUAUAGAUAUCUUAUAUACUAUAUACACUAUAGAUUACGCAUCAAAAAUUGCCGUGAUUGCAGUCCCAUGAAAUUAGAAGAUUCGCAAAUUUUCUAUUUCUUAAACACGAGACUUAAUUAAACAUUGAGUUAAACUUAUUCAAAUACCUUUUUAAACUAUUCAAAUGAUGAAGCUGUUGUUGUUUAUAUAUAGUGUUUAUUGGCGAGUGCGAAUUACCAAAAUUGAUGCCAUGCAUCUAUUCAAAUGGGGGAAACCGCUUGAAUAUUCUAGGCUUCAAUUUUACAAGCAGAGAUGCGCUAUCUCAGUCUAGUGCAUAUAAGAUACGUAUAUAGUUUCAUUACAGUAAUUUCAGAUCCGACCAGUCUGAUCAUGGUAUAUAUCCGAAUGUCCCUAAAUUUAAAAAUUGGGAUUGGAUAUUUUAAACUCUGCUAAAAAAACUAGCGCAUCCAGAAUUAUACUAGCCUACAUUUUCUACGGCAAUGAACUAAUUCAUUGGUUUUAUUUGUUUAAACUGUAUGGCAUACAGUAGAACAAAAAUUGUUGGAGUAAGAAGGCGUUCGAGUCAAUGAGCAUCUUCCGUUUCAGCAGAUCUCUCUAAAUUAUUUAAAUUUACACAAAUAUUUGAAUACAAUUCAUACGGCUAGUGUUUAUAGCAAUGGACACCAUCUUCCGUUUAAGCAAAUCACAUCUCAAUUCCUGGCAUCUUUUGAUGCGCAAUAGCGUAAUAAUACCUCUCAAAUAGGUCUAUCAAGUUCCCUUAAUUUCAUAAUGUUGAAUCUUCUCACUCUGUGACCAUCUUCGUCCUUCCAUAAGCAAAUAUUUUCUCAGUUUCAAGUUACAAAUAUCUUACGCAGCACGUACGUAUCAAAGAGGUUUGUAUUCAAAAUGUUUGUGUUUUACUGUUUCAAACACCACUGCAUGCAUUGAACAUUAUAUUCAUACUGCAAAGAUAAAUUACUUAUCGCGCUGAGUACUAUUUAUUUUUUGUCCUUAAUAAUAUUAAUUGCGUCAGAGGAGUUCGCAUUACUUCAUGUUCUGAAAUAUUUUCAGUGCCAAUGUGUAAAUUGAAUUUACAGUUUCGUCUGAUGAAACAAGCGUUAUAUAUUUAAAUAUGUUUGAAGCGAAACCAGGAUUAUUCAUAUUGAAUAUAGACGUUCUGUGGUUAAAAUAUUUAUUUUUUACAAGCUUUCGACUGUCAAUCUACAGUCUUCAACGGGUAGAUUAUAAUGAAAGUGAUGCGAGGUUUACAAUUACAUAUACGGUAUACACAAUGACGUAAAUGACAGCUAUUUUGUGAUCAUUUGCCCACGCAUGGUUAGCAAUAUUUGAACUACUAUUGUCAAGUUCAACAUUUUUUAUGUGUUCCUUUCGUCUUGUGUUAAAUGCUCUGCCGGUUUCGCCAGUGUAGCUCCAUGAGCAGUCGCUACAGUUGAUUUUGUAAACGACGUUAAUCUGGUUUUGUGGUGGAGUCUGUCUUUGGGCGAAGGGGGAUAGUUGCUGUAGUGUUCGGAGAGGUUUCGUUGCUACUCGGAUGUCAUGGGGUUUCAAGAUUCGUUCAAGUGGUUCUGUCAGGCCUUUAAUAUAGGGAAGUACGGCAUAACGGUAGCUGGUCUGUGGCUCUACGAGGUUGAAAAAUUCCUUAAGUAGUUCUUCAGGUGGACGUGCAUUUUCCUGCAUCAUAACUCGUUUCUUUUCGACUUCUUGUAAGAAUUUCUGGGGGUAUCCAUUUAAUAGUAAGGUGUCAUGUACGUGCUUACGUUCUUGUUGUUUUCCUUCAUUAUAGUAUUGGGUAGUCUUGUUGCUCUGUGUGAGAGGGUUUGUGCAGUACUAACUUUGUGUUGUUUGUCGUGGUGUGAAUUGUAGUCUAAAUAUCUGUCUGUGUGCGUGCGUUGGUUUUCUGUAAACGUUUGUCAGUAAUGAACCAUGAACUAAGACGUCCAGAAAUGAUAAUUUUCCGUCUGAUUCGUGCUCUAUAGUAAAUUUAAUGUGUGUGUCAAUUGAGUUAAUAAGUAAAUUAAAGAAACUAGUUAACGCAUAUUUUUUGAUGAUUAAAAAAAUGUCAUCAACAGAGCGAAACCAUUUCUUAGGCGGUAAUGUAGAUUGGCUAUGUGCUAAUUCCUCAAUUUCCUCCAUGCAGAGGUUAGCCACAACAGGGCUUACAGGACUGCCCAUAGCACAACCAUGAAUUUGUUUAUAAGUUUCAUUGUUGUAAUUAAACAAAACUAUUAAUUGGAGAGAGUAAAACGUAGAAGAUCAAUUAUGUCAUCUAUAGUUAUCCAGAGAACGUCUAUACUCAAAGCGUAACUUAAACGGGGAAUUCGAAAUUUGACCAAGGGAAAAUGAAAUUUAUUCAAAUUAGCGAGGAAUCUUAGUUAAGCGAGUUUGGGUUAACCGGUGUUAAAUGUACUAUCAAAUGCAGGUGAAAUCGGAUUUUGUUCAAAUGAGCGGGGAGUUCGAGCUAGCUGGAUCAUGCAGUCUACGGCAUUUCAUUUUGAUCAGUAACACACCUGCGUUAUAGCUACAAUGCAAAGUAUUAAAUAUUUUUAUUGAUUAGCUAGAUGAUACAUAUCAGUUAAGCCAUAUUUCGUUAAGAUUGUCAAAAACAGUAGUUAAUAUAUAAUAUGAGUCAUAUAAAAGAAUGUAUAUACUGGACUUUUUACACUAUACUGAUUUUAUAUUCUUAUACAAGUUAUAGCCAAUGAAUUCCGCUGAAACUUAUCAUUUUAAUGUAGUUAAAAUGCACUCUGCCAAUAUCUCAAUCAUCCUUCCAAAAGACUGCUAGGCCUUUCUAAUAAUAGAUUAGUUCAAUUGGUAUCACUAAGUAGUUAAAAAUGCACUUUGCCAAUAUUAUCUCAAUCAUCUUUCCAAAAGACUGCUGGGCCUUUCUACUGAUAGAUUAGUUCAAUUGGUUGUGUUUAUUUACACACUCUGGGUGAAUUGAUUGAUUGAGCUUUACUCUGUAAUGAGUUAUUCAUGAAUUUGAUUAUUAAUACAUUUCGAUUUUUCAGGAUUACUAUCGUACCAAAGUGGUCACAAUGAAACAUUCGACAGUUGCACUGCUUCUCUUCGUUCUUGUGCUGAUUCAAUGUACCUUCGUUGAAUCUUGGUGGUUCCGCCGUAGACGUAGAACAAGUAGCUCUCACUGCAGAUACCCUACUUCUCGAUACGGUAAUUAUGGUAAGAUUAUGAGCACAUAUACUAUACGUAUAGGUUUUUAUUUUUGGAACACAAUGAAAAUAGUGGUUGCUUUAUGUCAUAUAGAUGGAGAAAUAUAUCAUAUAACUAGUUUUCUGUUUUUCACUACAUGAAGUCCUUCUCAUCCGUUCAGGAAUACUCAGGACGUGAGUAAUUACGAAAAGUUCCCUCCUUAUAUAAAUAUACUGUGAAACGUGAAUACUGUUAAAUACUGUUUGCAUAAUUUAAUAUUUUUAAUGAGCUAGGGGCGUAGGAAUUCUCCUCCCCAUUCCCCUCCCAAACAUUUUUGCUUGCUGAAAAUUAUUUAUUGAGUAGAAAAUUGUGUGUUUUUUUCAUUAAAGUGGAAUCGUUCUUCCAAACAUAAAUAACACGAUUCGAACCUCACGUCAGAAUGCAUACCUGCUUUAAGUUUGACAAUUUGAUGUUAAAUUCCCUGUUGGUAUUCCUGAUUGUUUAAUUUUAGUAUUCUUUAAUUUAUCUGCCUCGUCCCAAGUUGCUUCUCUCUAUAGAAAUCAGUGGGAAAAUAAUUACGAGCGCCCGGUGCGAAAUGGGAAGGGAGUAAAGGGAAAGCAGCAGGCAGAUCUUGCAUCUAAUAUGGCAUGCAAUAUUAAAAUUCAUAGAUAUUUUAUAUGGAUCACAUACUCGUAGAAAUUGCUAGCCUGUGUCACAGGAAUUGCAGGUAGUCUUAAGCUAGGCGAUAAAGACAAUGCUUGCCAUAUAAAAGCAUUGAUAUAUUGUACAAAGGCAAAAUUAAUUUCGUCAAACGAUAUAAAAAGAAUACAUAUAUCUCUCAAGCCAUAUACGUGUGGCUAUACCACUGCCAAACCUACUAUCCGACAAACCUACUUGAUCAGACAAUUUACUGUGACAAACACAAAUGCGAACCUAUAAACGUGACAACACGUUUAAUGCCAACUCAAACAGCAAAAAAGUACAAUAACAGUGCAAUGAAAGUGAAACAAUUAAACAAAAGAUUGCUUAAUUCGUUAUUAUCGACGGAUUUCUAGUUUUCGACUAGUACAUUUUCAAGACUUUAAGGACAUUUGCAGCCACGAUCUGACAGUCCCUCACAAAAGCACCCGCCUAGUGGACAGCACACGGGCGAUUGUGAGGAACUGUGGAAAGUUAUGUUUUUUUAUUGCGAAUAGAUGUAGUGAGGUCCGCGAACAGUUCUUUAAUUAAAAUAUAGUGCCUCUCACAGUUUAUCCGGUGUUUAAAAAAAAAUCAGAAUUGGAAAAUGAGGUAAGUCUGCGAGCAAAGAUUCCAUAUUUUCAUUUCCUUAAUGUUUUGACGGCAACUUGACCCACCGUUAAAGAGCUUAUGUUGUAAGGAUUUCAACGGUGGUAGUUUUAUUACAAGGUGUGCAAUGCGCACAAUGAAAAUCGGGCUCAAAGAUACUGCAAUGUAUUGCGUGGCAGACCACAAAGAGUUAUAUUGUUUGUGCUGUGAACAUUUUAGGUGCUCGAAGUGAGUAUUUCUAUGGAACAACCAGUUUGUUUAAAGGCAGGAAACGAUUCUUUGGUAAUUGGAAACUAAGUCACAGCCUGAUCAUGUUUCGUGGCAAGAUCUUUGAAUGGGGAUUGGGAAAACCAAAAACCUACAAAAUGAAUCGGAAUCCUGGUCAUUGUGCAAUCAGUUGGACCUGGGGAAGUAAAGGCUCAAGCAAAUGUUAUCGAAGUGAUGCGGAGACCUGGACCCGUAACUAUCGCAGACGUUAUGGUAGAUACAAAUUGUUUACCAACAAUUGCCAUUACUUUGUCAACCGACUGAUGCGAUACUUGAGGACAAACUGUGGACGUUGAGAGCAACAUGAAUGAUCCGAUUCCCCAACUUGUAAAAGGACCUUGAUCAUUGGACUAACUUUUCAACUUUUUAUAGAAUAUUGAAUUUAUAGAAUUAAUUCUUAACUACAGCAGAAACAAGCUUGAAGCUAUAGUAUAGUAAUAGUGCGCAUUUCCAAAUGGGUUGUUUCAAACAAAUAGAUAAUAUGCAUAAUUUAAGCAAAGCUACAGUAGUUAAUACGUACUACAAUGUAAUCUUAAACGUGUGCGUAACUCAACACUUUAGAAGAAGUAGCGCAUAAUUAUAGUGUGCAUAAAGUUGUAAUUCUAAUAAAAUCACGCUUCUGUCUUUCAUUAGACUGUUUUGUAUAUAAUAAAAAAUGCCUAUAAAGGAUAAGCCCCUUUUGGAAACCCUGCUUGUCGUACUUAAGUAUACGUAUAUGGUGAAAUUACUAACCCCAACCCCCUAUUAUUUGCCUUUAUAACACUAACCAUAAAAAGGGUGGGAGUGAAUUUUAAAACAAACUUAAUUGAUACGAAAAUGACGGAAACUAUUAUUAGCGGGAAAAGUGUUAAAUUACUUUAUCCCCUACCCAUUCAUUCCACACGAAUUGAAACGCGGCCAAUUGAACAUAAAACGCGGCGGGGAGAUUGAAACACGUGUUUCGCUGGACCGGACUUUGGAGACAGUGGAGAACAAAAUUUGGCCUCACUUUAACUGAUUGCCUUCAAAUCUGAAGUUUGCUGAACCGCCGAAGCGGCAACACGUAUAAUUACAAUCAAUUGCGAGCUAAGGUUACUUUUAAGUUAUGCAUACAGAUGACAACAUAUAUGGCGUCAUAUCACCGCCAAUAUUCAUGUAUAUCAUGCUUUCGACAUUGAAGUAAAAUAGAACAUUCAGCACCUACGUGCUUUCGACAUUAAAGAUAAAUCUGACAUUGAACAUGCAGAACAUUCAACAUAUUUUCGACAUUGAAGUUAAAUAGGACAUUCAACACCUACGUGCUUUCGACAUUGAAAUUAAAUCUGACAUUGAACAUGCAGAACAUUCAACAUAUUUUCGACAUUGAAGUUAAAUAGGACAUUCAACACCUACGUGCUUUCGACAUUGAAGUUAAAUCUGACAUUAAACAUGCCGCGAAUUUAGCACCCAUCGCAACUUCAACGUUCAAAAUAUGUUGAAAAAAUUACCACAUGUUGAAUAUUGGCGGAGUUGAACGAUAGCGUCAAAUCUCCGCCAACACUAAUUAAGCUAACACAAGACAACCCCCCGGCAACAUUCACUCGUGUCCAGACCUCUAGAACAUAUCACAUGACGCUACUGAUGCAUGACGCCAGCAGAGGAUCGGAUUCGCCGCAUCUUGUCGCUGUAUUCGAGGCCGUAUAUUCGCCAUAAUAUUCGCGUAUAUUCGCUUGUUUGUCUUAAAUUAAUUGACUUUUAUAGCGCAGAUUGAAUUGAACCGAGAGGCAAUAAUUUUCGCAAGAGAUGCUCUGUUGGAAGUUGCUGAACGAUUGAGACAACAGUCAACAGCUGGUAAUGUAUAA